AUGACGGAUCCUUUUUCGAUCGCUGCAGCAACCGUCGGAACCAUCGAUGUAGUGUUCAGGGUGAGCAAAUCCAUUAAGAAGACGCUUUCGGGUGCGUCAAGCGUCGACCAAGAUGUCGCAGACCUACUAGAUCAAAUUGAAGAUCUUCUCGCCGUUAACGCUAACAUUAGAGACAUUCUCUCAGCCCCUGAACUUCUGUCAACAUUAUCCACGCCUGUGGAGAAUGGCGUUCAUCUUGAAGGAAUCUGGGUUGAUCUAGAGCGUAACACCCAGAAGAUUUUAGGAAGAUGUGGCCAUGUACUGCAUAGGCUUGACAAUUCGCUCAAGACUGUCAAAGGUUUGGAGCGACCAAAUGACAAUGUCUCUGUUGAGAAGGGUGCGACGUGGGCGUCGGAAGAAAGUAAAGCGAGUAAGAUUCGCCAUGCUGCUUUCAAGCGGGUAAACAGUAUUCGUGUGCAGUUGCGCAAGGAAUCGAAGGAAAGUGAGUUCCAAGAUCUUCGACAACAACUCGCAAACAAUCAAAAUGGCCUCGGCACCUGCUUGGCUGGAUUUAAUGUACGAUUGAACACAAAAUCUCACCACUCGAUGGAUGAAGUAAAGGAGUGUAUGGAAAAUAUCAGGAGCCAGUUGUCCUCGUCAAGGCAAACAGCGAAGCCGAUCCCGCAACUUCGAAAUCAGUAUUUUCAAGCACCCGUGGCCAGUAAUAUGUUUACAGGCAGGGAAGACAUGAUCAAUGAAUUGGGCAACGCCUUUGCCCUGAGCUUCACACCUCUGGACAUAGAGGCUUCAGAUGGAUCUUCAAGCAGCAAGGUACCUGUUUCGCAGAAGCGCUUCAUCAUUUUUGGCCUUGGCGGAUCUGGGAAAACAGAGUUCUGUCGGAGAUUUGCGGAGGUGUAUCAGCGACGCUUUUGGGGCGUUUUUUGGAUCGAUGCGAGCUCUGAUGACACUGCUAAGCACUCCUUCCAGGAAAUCAGCAAAAUUGGGGGCGUCGAUACGAAUAUAAAUGCCGCUAAAACCUGGCUUUCGGGUAUUGAAGAUCCAUGGCUCUUAGUGAUUGAUAACGCUGAUGACCCAAACAUACCCAUUCAGGACUAUUUUCCGGGCGGGGAAAAUGGUUGCGUUUUGGUGACAACUCGCAACCCAUUGCUGAAGAAGCACGGGACUGCUGGCGAACGAUGCUGUGAACUUGGCCAAUUAGAGGAUGAGGAUGCGGAAAUCCUACUUCUGAAGCAUGCACAAGAGUCAGAGCCAUGGACCUUGGAUGUCAGGAGAGAUGCUGCACACAUCACCGAAGCCCUUGGCUACCUGCCCCUUGCAUUAGUGUUUGCUGGCGAUUGUAUAGCCAAAGGCCUCACGAGUCGAGCCAAAUGCGUUGAGUAUCUUGAUGGCAUCUGGGACAGAAUCCGAGAAGAGAGUACGGCCUCGGGACAGGAUGUGGAUGAGACACAGAAGAAUGUUCUAGCUCCUUACGAUGCCUUCUACCGACAUCUUGAUAGACAGCCGUUACGAGAAGCUAAGGACGCAAUUCAAAUACUCAAAUUGUUUUCCUUGCUCCACCAUGAGAACAUUCGUUUCGAUUUUUUGAUGAAAGCCGCAGAGAAUCCGCCAUCAGUGGAAGCAAGACUGCGGCAAGACCUUGAAGAACAACAGCGGAUCGCCCUUGCUAAGAAAGGAAAAACGAUUGAAGAGAAAUCGAAACCUUGGCGCCGAGUGAUAAGAGACAGAUUCAUCCAAGCAGUGACAUGGUGUACAGACCGUGGCUAUCCUGUUCUUCCAGAAGCGCUCAGAAACGGUAGAGUGGAUCGUUUCUCCGUUGAUCGACUACGCGCAGCCUUAGUCAAGCUUACUAGUAUCUCGUUAGUGACACAUCGGCGGGUCAGAGACUCGGAUGUCUACUCGAUGCAUCCUUUAGUCCAUAAGUGGGUGCGUGAAAGGCCUCAGAUGAAGGUCGGAGAACGUGCCGUUUGGUGUCAAGCUGCUGCAAAUAUGCUGAGCCAAUGCAUUCCUUUACCUCCUUUUGGAGAGAGUCCCUCGGAUAUGGAGCUUCGAAGACGUCUACUUCCACAUCUUGACGCAGUACAGCGAUUUCAAGAAGAAAUCAGGCUACUUCUGGCGUCCAACAGGAGAAGACGGGCAUUGUCAUGGCUCCUGAUCGAUCAAGCUCCUUCAAUGACGAGGCAAAAAGCUUUACAAUAUGGCAAGUUUAGCCGUGUAUAUGCUGAAUGUGCUCGUCUCCACGAUGCCAAGAACCUUCAAGUCCAAGUCAAAGACUAUGUGACGGAAAUGUUAGGCCUGGAGGACGAAAGAACUGUACUGAUAUUCCUCGCAUUAGCCGGUACCUAUGGCGCGAUGACUCAUACGAACGACGCUGCGGCAUUGAUGAACCAGGCUUUAAGUACCUGCAAAACGUCGCUGGGUGAAAACCAUCCCCGAACUCUUAAAGUCAUGGAUGAGUUGGGUAAAUGUGAAGUGCAUCGCGGGAGAUACAAGGGUGAGUCGAUUUUCUUGCCAUGCUCCCAGCCUUCUCAACCGUUGCUAUCACUGAGUUGCUCGCUGUUGGAGACAUCGGACGGUGCUGACCCUCAUGUUCACCCAGAGGCCCUCAAACUCCAUGUCGACGCCUUAGCAGGAAUGAAGAUUGUGUUACCUCUAGACCACACAGAUGUCCUUCUUGCCACCGAUCACUUAGGUUUGGCGCACCAGCGCUAUUUUCGCUUCGACACGGCAAGAGAGCUACACAAAGAAGCUAUCGCGGGGUUGACCAGAACGCUUGGUUAUAAACAUCCGGACACUGUGGCAGCUCGAGAAAAUCUAGCAAUCACUUACCUAGAAGUAGGUCUGGAGUCUCUAAGUGCAGCUCCCAACUUGGAAUCCCUUCGCACAGCUCAAAAAUUGGAGCUCGAAAUACUUGAAGAACGCCGUCAAAGCUUAGGUAGGGAGCAUCAUCUCACAUUAUGGACCAUCACCGUCGUCGCUCGCAUUGAUAGCGCGCUCGGCCGUACGAAAGAAGCUGAAAAAGCCUUGCUUGAUGCACUCCCAAUCGGCAUUCGAAACCUACCCGAAGACCAUAUGGGAUUCAUGCUCGGCAAGACACAGCUUGCGCAGAUAUAUGUUCGGCAAGAAAGAUAUCAGGAAGCUGAGGAGCUGUUUGAAGAGGUUAUUGCCAAAACGAUGUACAGGAACAGCCAGCGUGAGGAAGGGGAGUCUCCAGAUCAGAUUAUGGCGAUGUGGUCUGCGGCCGAAUGCUACCAGAUUCAGCGAAAAUUUGUAAAAUCAGACAACGUUCUGAAGGACAUCUGGACAGCAUUGAUUGCCAUUGGCGGCACGCAGCAUCCUUUUGCCGAGAGGGUGCAGAAAAUGAUGGCAGCGGUGCAACGAGCUAUGAAAGAGGGAGAAGGCCAGCAUAAAGAAACAAUAGCCCAAUAA